AUGCAAGCCCCCAAUAUGUUCCCCUUCUCUCAAACACAGCCACAAGCGCUGCCAGGGUUCGUAUAUGGUCCUCCACAGCUUGUUUUUGAUCAUUCUGCUCCGAGAGUAGAUCCUCUGCAUUCUAAUGUAACCAUAAAUCCUCCAUUGCCCUUGCAGCAUUAUAGUGGCCCAAAUGCCCAUAUGAAUACUGCAAACAACAAUUACGCAUAUUACUACCAUCAUCUUAACAAUAGUAACAAUAACAAUAACAAUAACAAUACAAUUAAUAAUAACGUUAAUUCUGCUCUUCCUGCCGCUAAUAUUCAAAUAUCUAACCGCUCACAUUAUAGAAAUACACACCAGGUUCCCCCUGCUCCCCAGCGGGUGGUCAGUAUCAUACCGGAUCCUCACAUGCCGCCCAAUAUUCCUCACUUUCAACUAAAUAAUAUUCACCCUCAAAUGCAUGCUCCUGUUGCUCCUGAUAUUCAUUUCCAACAAGUACCGGUAUACAACAAAACUAAUAAUAAUGUCAGUAGUACUGGUAACAACAACAACAUUAAUAACGAUAAACCCGUAGAUUCGAAUCAGAAUGAAGUGCUGGACAAUAUUAAUGAACGUUACUGUCAUGAACUUAACAGGAUGGUUUCAUUUUCUAAACAUUCUGAAAAUAGCGAACUCAACACUGCUGCCGCCACUAGUGAUCCAAACAUUCAAUCGACCAUGGAUGAAUUAGCUAAACUGAAAUCUUUGUCGAAUUCUACCCAUUUUAAGCAGAACAUUGCUACUCAAAAUUUUCAUUCUUUACAAAAUCAUAUCACAACCAUCGAAAACCGUCUGAAUUCCCUACUUACUGACAGACAACAAGAGCAGCAACAAUGGAGGCAGCAAGAGCCUGAGAAGGAGAGCUCUUCACCGUUUUGCAACAAAAUAAAGUUACCUUCCUUACAGGAACUGACAGACUCUAUCUCUACCCAACAUCUUCCAACAGUCUAUGACAAUAAAAGGCAUGCUUCAGAUACUGAUUUAAAGAAUAACACAUUACAUGGUUCAUUGUACCACCGUCACACUUUUCUUUCAACCUCUUCUUCCUCUUCCCCCACGGCCGGUUCCGUGCCUCUUCAAAAGUUACAGGUUCCAAGACAAGAUGACCCAAGUGAUACGAACAGGAACGUUUCAUCGUCUCCCUUUAAUUCAAUAACUUACAUUCCAAACACUACGUUAUCUCCGAUGGUCCAAACACAGUUAAAGAACAUAACCACUUCCAAUCUCAAUACAAAAAAGAAGAAUAACAGAGGCAGACCAAGAGCUAUCCAGAGACAGCCCACGCUGACUACUUCUAGCCAUUUUAUCAACAAUCCUAACUCUGGUACUGCUACGGUUUCAACGACAACCCCUGCCACUAAUGGCGAUGAAAAGAAUCCUAGUGCUAAAAAAGUUAUAGAAUUUUGUUUCCACUGUGGGGAGACGGAGACCCCAGAAUGGAGAAAGGGUCCAUAUGGCACAAGAACUUUAUGUAAUGCCUGUGGGUUAUUUUAUAGGAAAGUAACCAAGAAAUUUGGCUCAAAAAGCAGCAAUUUGUUAUUAAGAUAUAGAAGAGCUAUUGAUUUGGCCAACGAUCGUAGAAUACCUGAUUUUAUCACUAUUCCAAACAGGUUUAUUCACGAUAUGGAUAAUGAUCAAACCUUGGAUUCUGAGUACAAUACGAUCUUGCAAUAA